GCAUUAUCCUUAUCGGAGAAAGAAGCCAUGGGAAGAAGAAAAGUCGAGAUCAAGCGAAUCGAGAACAAAAGCAGACGACAAGUUACUUUCUCCAAACGACGCAAAGGUCUCAUCGAGAAAGCUCGACAACUUUCAGUUCUCUGUGAAUCUUCCAUCGCUGUUCUCGUCGUCUCCGGCUCCGGAAAACUCUACAACUCUGCCUCCGGUGACAACAUGUCAAAGAUCAUUGAUCGCUAUGAAGUACAACGUGCUGAUGAACUUAAAGCCUUAGAACUUGCAGAAAAAAUUCGGAAUUAUCUUCCACACAAGGAGUUACUAGAAAUAGUUCAAAGCAAGCUUGAAGAACCAAAUGUCGAUACUGUAAGUGUAGAUUCUCUAAUUUCUAUGGAGGAACAGCUCGAGACUGCUCUGUCCGUAAUUAGAGCUAAGAAGACAGAACUAAUGAUGGAGAAAGUGAAGUCCCUUCAAGAAACGGAGAUGUUGCUGAGAGAAGAGAACCAGAUUCUGGCUAGCCAUAGCCAGCUGGGGAAGAAUACGUUUCUGGUAACAGAGGGUGAGAGAGGAAUGUCACGGGAAAAUGGCUCCGGCAACAAAGUACCGGAGACUCUUGCGCUGCUCAAGUAAUCACCAUCAUCAACGGCUGAGUUUUCACCUUAAACUCAGCCUGAUUCAGAAUAAGAAAAAAAAACAUUUGUAUAUUAUAAAAAGCUGCAUAAUCU